CCGUCGACGGGACGACGACGUUCCCAACCCACUCGGCAAUCAGGCGCGCGCAUCCACCGUGCACGCCUUCCUCCUCCACCACCGCCGACGGCGAACCAUGUCCACCGAACCCACCUCCCCACCUCAACCGCCGGAAUUGAUCCGCGGCACCCUCAUCCCUGCGCUCCCCGACGACUUGGCCGUACACUGCAUAGCGCUCCUGCCGCGCGCUGCGCACCCAUCCCUCGCCCUCGUCUCCCGAGCUUUCCACGCCCUCCUGUGCCGCCACCCGGAGCCCCUCCUCGCCGCCCGCCGCGCCCUCCGUCUCUCCGACUCCCACAUCCUCCUCUCCCUCCGGCCGCCCUCCUCCGCGUCCCUCCUCUUCUUCCUCUUGCUCCCGCAUCCCGGGUGGCCCCCUCUUCCCCUUCCCUCCCCACCCGUCCCCGUCUCCUCUUCCUCGUCGGUCGCCACUGACGGUGGCCGGCUCUUCCUAGUCGGCGGAUCCGUCGCCGGGGUCCCCGCUUCGUCUGUGCAAAUAUUGGAUCCCCGGGCCAGAUCCUGGUCCAUCGGCCCGCGUCUGUCCUCUACGCGGGAGUUCGCCGCGGCCGUCGCGCACUCCGGUGUACUGUUCGUCACCGGCGGGUGCGUUCCCUCGUCCCCCUUCUGGGCUGAGGCUCUCGACCUCUCCGCCCCGAACGCGAAGUGGAAGACUGUCGCCAGCCCGGUCCACCUCCGUGAGAAGUGGAUGCACGGCUGCGCAUCUCUCGCCGGGAAGGUCCUUGCGGUGGCGGACCGCGGCGGCUUGGCCUACGAUCCGGCCUCGCCACCUGCGGAGGCGUGGGCGCCGGUCUCGCCGGUGCUUGACAUGGGGUGGAAGGGCCGUGCUGCCGUGGUUGGUGAAAUCCUGUAUUCUUACGAUUACUUGGGGCAGGUCAAGGGCUAUGAUCCGGACACUGAUUCGUGGAGCACAGUGGAGGGGUUGGAGAAGGAGCUGCCGAGGUUCUUGUGCGGCGCCACACUUGCCAAUGUCGGAGGAUUGCUAUACCUGGUCUGGGAAGGGAAAUGGAAAGGAAAAGAUAAGGGGGAAGUGAGUAGCAUGGUCGUGAUUGAAUGGGCCGGCAUUGAGGUUACAAGGGCUGAAGAGGGGGAGCUAAGGCUAAGAGGAAAGGUGGUCUCUAGAGACACUGUUCUAUUCCCGGAUGUGCCUAGAGGGUCAACGAUCACGCAUUGUAUUGCAUUGGAGUUGUGAUAUAGUAGCUGCAGGUGUAAAGCAGGGAGUAAAUAACGCCUGAACCGUGCUGAGUAGAAUGAUGCCAGGUGGCCGCUGUUCACGAUACAAUCGAGGUCGCUGGGAGUCUUCUCUCUCUGUCUCCGUCUCUCCCUUACGCUGUGGAUGCCCACAGGUCCUCGGAAGGUUGAUGAUGAAGAAACUGGUUGAAGACCACAGAAGAAAUGCUUCGCCACUUCUGUUUCCAUUACGCACUGUGAGCCUGCGACUAAUGCACAUUGCCCUCCAAUUGUUCAUUGUUUUGCUUCAUUUUUUCCCCCGCAAUGCUUAUAAACUAAGUAAAACGUUGUAACUUGAGAUGAAUCAAAGUAAAGCGCAUAUUGCCACGACGUGAAUUUUGGUUUAAAAA